UCUAAAGAAAUAUUGAUCCUGGGGCUUCGAGGAAAUCCGAUGCCACGCCUAAACCACAAAAAACUGAGAGUUCGCUUGAUUCCCAUUUUAAACAGAACACUUUGGACUAUCUACAUAUGAAAAAAAAUCGAUAGAUUGCCGGUUUAGUUUUGAGAAAUACGAAGUGGUUUUCCAGAGAUCCUUUGAAAACUCCAUCUUUAAAAUUUUUCCGAAACGAGUUUUUGCUUAUGAAAACAUAGCUUAACACAUUGCACGCUGUCCACUGAUAUAUCAGUAGCCCAAUUUGUUCUAUUCAAUGAUGUCGUCAGCGGACAAUGGGUUAAAGUAUUGGCUAUCGAAUGUUGAAAACUGCAUAUUAAUAUCUUGCGUUGUUCACGACUUAUAAAUAGAUUUAAUUCAUGUUUGUUUAAACAGACAUUAGGAAUGAACGGGUUAAAGAAGUAUUUCUAAUAUAAAAAUAUAUCGAUCGGUUUUCCUCGAUUAACUGGCAAUAAGAAGUUUACAGUCUAUUCGGAAAUGACUUAGCAUUUCUCUUUGGGUUUAUUAUAUAUAGGCAAGUGUUACGAUGAUUAUUUCUCCGCUUUUUAUAGGCAUUCCAUUGAAACCAAUGUUAGCACAUCCAACAAAAGGCAUUGAUGAAGUAUUAAAACGUUUUGGUGAUUCUGAGUUUGCUUGUGAAUAUAAAUAUGAUGGUGAAAGAGCACAGAUUCAUGUCUCUGAUGAUCGUACAGUUUAUAUUUAUAGUCGAAAUUCUGAAAAUAAUACAACAAAAUAUCCUGAUAUCGCAAAACGAGUUUUAGACUGUUUAAAACCCAAUGUCAAAUCGAUUAUUAUUGAUUCAGAAGCUGUUGCAUACGAUUUAGAACAUAAAAAAGUGUUACCAUUUCAAAUAUUAUCAACAAGAAAAAGAAAAGAUGCAGAUAUUAAUGAGAUUAAAGUUCAAGUUUGUAUAUUUGCAUUUGAUUUAUUAUAUUUAAAUGGUGAAUCAUUAGUUCAAAAAUCGUUUCGUCAACGUCGUCAAUUAUUACAUGAUUCUCUUGAAGUUGUUGAAGGUGAAAUGAUGUUUGCAACAUCAAAAACAACAUCAGAUGUAGAUGAAAUCAAUCUACAUUUAGAACAAUCUGUUAAAGAUGGUUGUGAAGGUUUAAUGGUCAAAACAUUGGAUAAUGAUGCCACUUAUGAAAUAUCAAAACGAUCACAUAGCUGGUUAAAAUUGAAAAGAGAUUAUUUGGAUGGAGUUGGUGAUACACUUGAUUUGGUUGUGAUUGGCGGUUAUAUAGGAGCAGGGAAACGUACGGGUGUUUAUGGUGGAUAUUUGUUGGCCUGCUAUGAUAAAGAUAAUGAAGAAUAUCAAAGUAUUUGUAAAUUGGGUACGGGUUUCAAAGAAGAAAAUUUAUCUCAACUGGCUGAGUCAUUUAAAACUAGUAUAAUCCCUAAACCAUCCAAUUAUUACCGGUUUUCGUCAACACUAGAGCCAGAUCAUUGGUUUGAAGCUUCGAAAGUGUGGGAAGUGAAAUGCGCGGAUUUGACGCUCUCCACGAAACAUUAUGCUGGAAUGGGAUUGGUUGAUGAUGGCAAAGGUAUAUCAUUACGAUUUCCACGUUUCAUUCGAGAACGAGACGAUAAAACAAUUGAAGAUGCAACAACAGCAGAUGAGCUAUAUCGUCAACAACAAAAAACUCAAUCAAAUAAUAAAAAACAAACUACAACAGGGGAUGAUGAAGAUGACGAAUCGUUUUACUGA